AUGGCGUUCUCUGAAAGUUUCCUCGUGAUCCUUUUGUUCUUGUCAACUACAUGUAUUUUCACAUGCAACGCCGAGACAGCUUUCGAAGAGAGUAAAAUGAAUCUGCUUUUGGAAGAAUUGACUUCAUUAAGGAAGACUGUUUUUGCGCUAGAGAAUAAGGUUCAUUACCAAAGUGGCCUUAUUGAUGACUUCAAAGAACGAAAUACUCUCCAAGAAAGACGUAUAACAGAGCUAGAGACUGCCCAACAUAGGCGAGACAAAGUCUGUGAGGAGAUGAAAAUCCGACUGGAGAACACAGAAUCUAGAUUUAACAACCACUUUUCCGUGUCUUCAGACCGUACUAACAUCACAACUAAAUCAAAUGGAGAAGAUAUCCCUGAAAGAAUAAUGAGAUCAAGACGUCGACUGCUGAUUAAUACCAUUAGCAAUGGAAUGCCUCCGUAUGAGGAGGGCGUAAUCGCUUUUUAUGCCCAGAUGUCCUCAGCAGAAGUUAGUCCGGGCGUUCACCAUACCCUCAUCUUUGAUAAAGUACGCACUAAUGUUGGCAACGGAUAUAAUGGAGUCACUGGGGUCUUUACAGCACCACAAGAGGGAAUUUACGCAUUUAUCUGGGUUAUUAGAAUGUCUGAUGCUGAACACUCAACUGAAUUAAUGAUUAACAACGAUAUCUUUGGUGUUACAUUUUUGCGCGCCAAAAAUGGCGACGACGGAUCUGUAAGCGGUACUGCUAUUGCGCAUGUCGCGAGAGGAGAUGUUGUAUUUGUCCGCAUCCAUUCCACGUACGCUGGCGAUGGCAACGUUCAUAGUAAUCUGCAUGGCAAGCCAACAUUUUCCGGAUGGUUACUGCACUAAAUUGAU